UCUCCAUCAACUCUCUGUUUGCUGCUGCAUAGCAGCUACUGUACAAUACUUGACCCUAUGGAAACUAAAUCCCAUCAACCGCUUCAAAUUUUUUUCUUUCCAUAUAUGGGUCAAGGCUACACUGUACCCCUCAUAAACAUAUCCAAGCUAUUUGCUUCACAUGGUGUAAGAACCACCAUAAUAACCACAACCCUCAAUGCACCACUAUUUUCUAAACCAAUCCAAAGUUCUGGUUUUGAUAUUGAACUUCUUGUCAUCAAAUUCCCAUGUAUUGAGGUUGGAUUGCCCGAGGGAAUUGAAAGGCCAAAUUUAGCCACAACCCUGGAAAUGAAGGAGAAGUUCUUCAAAGCUACCACUCUGCUUCAACCACAAAUUGACAAAAUUCUGGACCAACAUCGACCUGACUGCCUUGUUGCAGAUACUUUCUUUGCUUGGGCUACUGAUGUUGCUGCCAAGUUCAGUAUUCCGAGGCUGAUCUUUCAUGGAACUAGUUUUUUCCCAAUGUGUGCUUCACUAAACCUGUUAUUGUAUCAACCUCACAAGAAGGUUUCAUCUGAUUCAGAAUCUUUUGUAAUUCCUAAUUUACCAGAUAAGAUCAAGAUGACAAGAAACCAAUUACCAGUUUUCUUCAAUCAAAAUGUUGAGACAGAAUUCACCAAAUUGGUCAAAGCAUCCAUAGAGAGUGAAAAAAAGAGCUAUGGUGUUAUUGUUAAUAGCUUCUAUGAACUCGAAUCAAAUUAUGCAGAUCAUUACAGGAAUGUGUUUGGAAGGAAAGCGUGGCAUAUUGGCCCGGUUUCCUUGUUCAACAAGGCAGCAGUUGAUGAAGAAAAUGGCUGCUUCCAUUGGCUAAAUUUUAAGAAACCCAGUUCAGUCAUUUACAUAUGUUUUGGGAGCAUGACCAAUUUCAGUGAUUCUCAGCUCCUGGAAAUUGCAGUAGGGCUUGAGGCUAGUGGGCAGGAGUUCAUUUGGGUUGUGAAGAAAGAAAAGAAUGAAAAAGAAGAGUGGUUGCCAAAAGGGUUUGAGCAGAGAAUGGAAGGUAAGGGAGUGAUUAUAAGAGGUUGGGCUCCCCAAGUAGCGAUUCUUGAGCACGAAGCUAUUGGAGGGUUUGUGACUCAUUGUGGAUGGAACUCUAUCCUUGAAGCAGUGUCGGCUGGGGUGCCAAUGAUCACUUGGCCAGUGUCUGCCGAGCAGUUUUACAAUGAGAAGUUGGUGACUCAGAUACUUGGGAUUGGGGUUGUUGUUGGUGCUCAAAAAUGGUCGACAUUUGAGGAGAAUAGUGUGAAGAGGGAAGCCAUUGUGCAAAGUGAAGCCAUAGAAAAGGCUUUGACUAGAAUCAUGGUGGGUGGUGAAGCUGAAAAAAUCAGAAGCAAAGCCAAUGCGCUUGGUGAGAUGGCAACAAGGGCUGUUCAAGUAGGUGGUUCAUCUUUCUCGGAUUUGAAUGCUCUAAUUGAAGAUUUGAGGUCCCUCAGGGCUUGAAGCUUAAGAUGGAAAUGUUACAUCAAUAACUAGUUUAAAAUAUGUACAGUUUUAUUCCAAUUUCAAUUUGCUCUGAAAAACCGCUAUGAUGUUCUUGAGAAAUAUUA